UGAGCAGUCGCGACAUCUGUAGGUGCAUAGGGAAAAUGAGUGAACAGAGGUGUGUUUGUUCUGCUGUGAACACUUGGCUCGUUUCAGUUAGUUAACAGCGAGAACCAGGAGCGGGGGAGCUGUCCAAGAAUCGGAAUGUCGUUCUAAACGGGAGCGGUGGCCUCGUUUUUGGGUGAAUUCUCUCAGACAUGUCGGACGAUGCUAAACGGCUAGUCAGCUGCUAAAAAAUAGGCAGUGUGUUGGGUUAUUUGACAGCUUGUUUCCUAGCUUUGUUUUAGCACAGUCGACGUGUUUAUCAGAAGAUUAGCUGGCAGUUGUGAGGCAACGCGGAUCUAGGUUUUCGUGACUGGCGGCGGGGGACAGCCACGUCAGCUAGCUCCUGUAAGCACUUAUGUGCUUUUAUUUUGGAUUUGAGUAAUCAUUUUCCGGCUAAAAAACCCGAAAAGGCUCUCCGUGUAGCCAUGGCUCCGAUGGGUAUCCGGUUGUCACCGCUCGGUGUGGCGGUGUUCUGUCUCCUUGGAGUCGGUGUCAUCUACCACCUGUAUUCCGGGGUCAUCUCCAGCCGCCUGGCUGCCUUCAGGUCCCAGACUCCCCUCUCAACACAGCAGAGAAGAACAGUGGACUUGAGGGACCUGUUGGCUGUCUCAAUGGAGGCAGCAGAACUAGGUGGCAAAGAGGUAAAGCAGGUGCGUGAAGAAAAUGUCCUGCAGGAGAAAUCAAAGGGCAAAACAAAGGAAGGAGCUAACGAUCCACUCACUAUGGGCGACCUGCAGUCUCACAGAAAGAUGUUUUACCUACUGAAGAACACAUUCCCUGAAGUUACGGUGAACAGUGAAGAACACGACAACAUGGAGGAUAAUUCAAUACAAUGGAGCCAGAACAUUCCAGGUGCAAUAAGUGAGAAGUUUAAGGGGAGCAGUGACAUUCCAGUCGAGAGCAUUACUGUGUGGAUCGAUCCCCUAGACGCGACACAGGAAUACACAGAGAAUCUGGUGAAAUAUGUGACCACCAUGGUGUGUGUGGCUGUAGAUGGUAAACCUGUGAUUGGAGUUGUACACCAGCCAUUUGCUGGCUUCACUGCCUGGGCGGUCGUAGGUCAUGGAUCAAAUGUGAAUCGCCGCUCAUCCUACAACGCCAGCCCUAAGAAAGUGAUAGUAUCACGUUCUCACUCUGGAAAAGUUAAAAAUCGUAUUCGGAAUGCUUUUGGAAACAGCACAACAAUCAUAGAAGCAGGUGGAGCAGGAUACAAAGUACUGUCACUGCUGGACACACAUUCAAGUGAGACAAGCCUUACAGAGGAGGCAGAUGUUUACGUCCACACCACCGUUAUUAAGAAGUGGGACAUCUGUGCUGGUGCUGCACUACUGACUGAACUGGGGGGCCAAAUGACAACUCUAAAGGGAGAGAACAUCGACUACAGAGGAGCUCCAGAAAAUGAAGGAGGACUGGUGGCCAGUGUAGGUAUAGAUCACGAGGCCUUACUGAAAAGACUACGAGGUAACACAGACAAUGACAAGCAGUGAAACACACGGAGACAGGGCCAUAGGUGGUUUGAUUAGGGUGACACAGCAGCCAGCAAGAGUGGGCUGGAAACAUAAUCAGGCCUGCAUGAUUUCAUCAUCAUGGGACACCAAACAUCUACCAUCAAGUUGCACUGGAGUCACAAUUACCAGCAUGGACAAAAGAGCAGGACUGUGGAGCCAAAUUGGCUAUGACUGGAAACUGCAACAGCUGGCACAAUGGCUCUGAAUACUCACUCCUCUGAAAGCAUACUUUCUUGCAGUGUGGAGAACCGACAUGUCUUCCUUUUGUCAGGAACUUGCAUACAAGGACAUACAGUGGAAAACAACCCCCCACCCCCCAAACUGAGGAGCACAACACUGAACACUGCAACAAAACCCACAGAGGGACAUCUCUGGUGUUCAUCGUCUUUAUCACAACAAUCAGAAGAGAAAACAAGAAUAAGAAAAGAACAUGUUACAGGCAAGCACACUAGAAUACUCAUCAAGAUUGAGUAAUCCCCCUCAUUAUUAUUAUUAUUAUUAUUAGUAUUAGUAGUAGUAGUAGUACUAAUAGUACCAUAGUAGUAUUAUUUGAGACUGGGCAAAUACACUCCAUAUGUCUUCAUAUCAUAAACUUCCACUGUAAUAUGGGGUUAACUACCCUAUGUUAUAUGAACACAUCACAGUUCACUUGUAAUAGUUUACUUUGCUGUUCUUGAUCACACUUGAGCUGCAGGUCUAUCAAACUGUAGUCCAGGGUCUCUUGUAAUAUAUACACCCAUCCAUCCAUCCUCUUCCGCUUAUCCUUGUCAGGGUCGUGGGAGGGCUGCAGCCUAUCUCAGCUACACUGUAAAAUAUAUUCAGUCACGAGUCAGUCAGCACAUGUAUUUCACAAGAUGUAGUCCAAAAUGUCUGCUUCUACUCCUAUAAAAAUCAAAAGGCUAUUUGCGGUCUGAUCCUGGGACAAAUACAAAUUGAUGAUGUAGCAUGCUCCUGACCUGAUAGACCACCUUUGGGCUUGGACACUGAAAGCUGCUUUUUAGUCUGCGAGUUGUGACUCACGGCCUGUUUCUAUUCAUCCUGAGAGCUGCAUGAAGGUUUGGUCGUUUCGACACAGGUUGUGAUGUUUGCUCUCUGUGAAGUCCAAAUAUGAACUCCCAGAGAGUAUGGGAUAUGACUGCAAGAUUGAACAACCAUACCAGAUUUAAAUUGGAUUAUCAUUUUUAAAUGUGUACAGUAAAGGGACUUUUUCCCACACCACAUGAUGUCCUUCCUUUCUCUUUCAGUGAUGGGAGCUUUAAUCAGCUAAAAUAAUGCAAAAGUUCCUAUAUUUCUGCAUUCCUCUUCAGAUUCCUGCAAAUACAUGAGUCAGACUUAGCGUGACGUCAGUCAGCACCUUCUCAGCUACUUCACACAGCGUCGCCUCCACCGUUUUACAUACAUGAGCAGAACAUCAAAGCUAAAGACUACAGAUUAUACAGCAAGGGGAUCUCACCUCUGCCGAGAGCAGUGUAUAAGUCCCACCACAUAAGCUCAGUCAAAAUCAUUGACAUCAAUUUAAAAGCAGAACGUCACAAGAAAAUCAAUCGUGUGUUUCAGUGGUGUCAUGUUGCCAUCAGCUAAAUGUAACUUUUCUAAAAAACCUUUCAUAGAGAAAUGUAUUUCACAGAUGUAUGUAAAACAACCUGAGCUGGACUGAUGUAUAUUGUCUCCAGUUUGAAAACAAUUUCUGCUACUGUGCAGUCUACACACUUGGAAAAUUAAUUGACGGGAAAAACUGCUGAAAUGCCGGUGCCAGAUUUGGUGGAUGCUAAACUGUACACUGACUCCAUGUGCAUGGUUUUGAAUUUUGAUUAGCCUUUUAAUUCUCUUAGUACUUCAUCAUACUGAAAAUGUUGAACCUCUUCCUGCUUACUGCUCUGAAAUCUUUCUGUACCGUCUGUCUGAUAUUUCUAUAACCCCUGAAGCUGGACUGUUUCACUGUGAAAUAAUGCUAAAUUGUGAAAAAUCCCAGCGAAAUACAAAGUCAAGGAUGUGUCUUGAGCUUGUGAGUGACCUGUUCCUUUAGUUUGACUUGGGACCUUUUUGGUUGUUCCAAAAGUUCAAUGGUGGGAUUGGUCUGUUACAGACUGAUGGUACUGCAGCUGUUUGAAGGCUGUUAGAUGUUGGGUUUGCUAAGUGUAAAAUAUACAGUGUGACAAAUUUCCAUUGUACCUGAUUUGAGUGUGUUUGAUCUGCACUAAACUAGACUGUCAAUGAAUGUUUCUAUGCUAACAUCGGUUGAUAUACCAAGCGUCAUUCUCUGUAGGCAGUUUAAGAGGGAUUAGAGACUUUUCAAGUACUUGGGUAAUGUUUCUUUGUGUUUGUGUUUUUGUGAGUGCUGUACAUUGCCUUACUUUGUGCUUUUGUGUGAGAACUGUUUUCUAAGCUGGUGGCUCCAUAAGGAGCUGCAAGAAAUCUAAAGUCAUUUUAACACAAGAACACAUGUGUGCUACAUAUAAGAACGUACAACUGUGGAAAAUAUCCUGAGCUGAUUUUCUGAGGUGAAGAUUUUUUCUGCAUAAAGUCUGCAGUAGAUUUUUUAUUUUAUUUUUAUUUUUUAAAUUUACUCAAGCGUUAAAUCUUUUUCCCUUCCCAAAUGGUUAGAAAAUGGAAAGUAAAUUCCCAGAUAUCUUGGCCUUGACUGAAUGUGAACCAGUUGUGAUGAUAUGUUGUUUGUUUGGAACCAGAAAACCCUGGAGCUUCAUGUGUGAAAAUGUCUUCAAGUGAUGCUAUAUCCAUUAGUUUGUUGGUUCUACAAGAAAAGUUUUGAAUUAAAUAAGAAAAAUAUGAGAAAAUAUUAUUAAGAUAGAAGUCAGUUACAGACCUUUGUUGCCUUCUCCUCACACACUUGUAGGCAGCAGGUUUUCAUUAGGAAAAUCAAUCUACAGUGAAUCUGUAGGAUACAAUUAUUAGACAUUAAACAGGGCUACCAUGCUCAUAGACACCUGUAACUUUUGCUUAAAUGGUGUAUUCAGUUCCUUAAGCCUUGAGCACAGUGGGUGCUUUAGUAGUCGCAAUGUCCUGCUCCUGUCGGACACUUUUAGAAACGAUAAUCAGUUGACCAAAUGUUACCAAAUCGUGUAACUUUUGGAAAUUUACCAGAGUCCUUCCAUUCUGAUGUGACGUAUUCAGCUGCAAUGCUUCAGAUGAAAUGCAUGUAAACCAGUGUUCACACUUCCGACCAGGGGUGGGAAUUUGAAUACAAUAUAGACAGAGCCUACUCAUCUUGAAUUUGUUUUGUUUUAUUCUGUGUGGUUAUCUGGCUGUCCCUGCCUUUCUAACAAGAGUAGGCUCAAUUUGCAUUUGGUUCGGACAGGGGAUUCACAUUUUAUUCAAAAUAAAACUAAUAACAAAUGACUUAUUAUUGGAGUGGGGUAGCAAUGAGUUGAUAGUCACUUCAGUUUACUGGUUUUAAAUACUGUGUCUUCUAUAGGACUCUGACACCUGUUUAAAUCGUUCUGGUUCCAGCCAUACAGAGGUCAAAUCAGUUGUGUGGUUAACCUGACCACUCACUCUGCCUCUAACCAGCACAUAAGGGCAAUAAUAAUAAACUGUUUCUUUGAAUUUGGAAGCUGGGUGGCAUAUUUAUUCCAGUGUCGUCUGGGGCUUUUUACAUGAAAGGGUAGUGGACAACUAAAUCAGAAGCAAUUAAUGAAAGUUGGUGUGCUAUUUAAAGGCUAUGGAGUGAGGGUUACUGUCAGGUGGUUUGCUCUGUGAGUGAUUAAUCAUUCUUUUGCUGUGAAUUCUCAAUAAAGCAUAUGUGUGCAUGAA